GGAGAAAAAAUUGAGGAAAAAAGUUUUGAUUUGAAGAAAAAAUAACUGACAGGCCGUCGGUAAUUGACAAAAGAGGCUAAAAAAUUUAAUUAUAAAAAUUGGUGGAUCUGCAAGGUUGGAAUUGCUUCAAACUUACAAGUUUAUUUUUAAUCGCGGCCUGUCUAUUUUUUUAAUUUUUAAAAAAUCGUUCUAUUAAAUAAUUUUUUCCUUUUUAGGACCUAAAAGACAUGAUGCGAGAUGCAGGGGAAGUUACUUAUGCUGAUGCCCACAAAAGAGUUCGAAAUGAAGCGCUAGUUUGUUUUGCUACACACGAUGAUUUGCGCCGAGCAAUGGACAGAUUUCAAGGCAAAGAAAUCAAUGGACGUCGUAUAAAGCUUAUUGAUGAUUCCUAUAAUGGUGGAGGACGUCGUUCAUAUAGCCGUUCGCGUUCUCGAUCGCCUCGUAGCCGUUCACGCAGUCGUUCAUACUCGAAUGACCGCCGUUCUAAUUCUGCGCGUUCACGUUCACCACCUCCAGAACCAUCUCGUUCGCGAAGCACUUCACAAGUUCCUGGUAUAUUUUUUAAUUUUAUAAGGUGGAGAAAUUCUAGGAAAGAAUUAGGGAUAUUCACUAAUGGUUAUUAAGAGUAGGAGGAGGGAUUUUGUUUCGGGCAUGUUUUUAUUGAGUCGGCUAACAAUUCGAAGUGGAGUUCCUUUCUCUGUUGUUCGGAACGGGGACAUUCCGUAGGACCAAACGCCGAAAUUC